CCCACCUGCAGAUAAAAGCCAAACCCUCACCAGGGCUGCUGUUCAGCGUCCGUCCCGAACUCCUCAAAGCUGUGUGAGACUUUCAGCCUGCAACAACAGUAGCACACACAGACAGAGGGCCCAGCAGGACUGCAGCUAACACCUGGCUGAAUCCUGUGCAUGGCCACCGUCCCACUCAUGCCCUGGAAACGACCCAGAGAGGCAGCGUAAGGUAGAGGAGAAACCAGGCGGAGGAGGAGCAGACCAGAGGGAGCGAGGACCUUCAGUUUGAGAGGAGAAAAUACAUGAAAAAGAUGGCAGCUCUACCCCUCCGCUCUCUCUGUCUACUCAUCACAGUUUACCACCUGUGUUUCUUACACCUGGUCCACGGGGGGGCGUACUAUCCACACAAACAGCAGCCGCCUCCACAGCACCAGCCCCUGCCUCAGUACAAUGAUGGGUAUCCUCCUCAGCAGCAGUUCAUGGGGAACGAGAUGCCUCACCUGCCUUAUGGGCAGGAGGGACCAGUACUGCCUCAGUAUGGCAAAGAGCUUCCUCAGCUGCCUCUGCACAUGGGCAAAGAGAGACCUCUGACCGACAGCAAAGGACAGACAUUUCCCAGAGGAGCUAAGGGUCCACCUCCUCUUAUUCCUGGUGGAGAAGGUCUCAGAGAAGGACCACAAGGUAUUCAGGGGCCUCCAGGACCAACAGGACCUCCAGGACCUCAAGGCCCCUCUGGGCUUCCAGGCCAGGGGUUACCAGGGCUCCCAGGAAAGCCAGGGCCUCCUGGACCUCAAGGCUACCCAGGAAUUGGGAAACCUGGCAUGCCAGGAUUACCUGGAAAACCUGGAGGACCAGGAUUAACAGGACCACAAGGUGACCUCGGCCCUACUGGAGGUGAAGGACCAACUGGGCUCCGGGGGCCAGCAGGGCUUCCAGGUCCCCCUGGACUUCCUGGAAUUUCAAAACCAGGUGGUCAAGGGCUGCCUGGACAGACAGGUCAUUUUGGGGAGCCUGGCCAAAAAGGUCUACCUGGCUUUCCUGGUGCUCCAGGAACCAAGGGAGAUAAAGGAGUUGGUCUACCAGGUUUGCCAGGUUUGAAAGGACCUAGUGGACCACCAGGUCCACCUGGAAAUGCAGGAAUCCCUGGGAUUGGUAAAGCUGGCAUGAAUGGUCUCCCCGGACAGCCAGGAAUACCAGGUAAGCCUGGUCCUUCUGGAGAACCUGGAAUGGCAGGGUCACCUGGUGAAAGAGGGCCACCAGGCCAAUCAGGCUUACCAGGAAUUGUGAAACCAGGAAAAGAUGGUAUCAGAGGGCAACCUGGCAUGGCUGGAGGAAAAGGGGAAACAGGCCCUCCUGGUUUACCUGGGGGUCCAGGCCUGCCAGGCUAUGGUAAACCAGGGUUUCCGGGACCUAAGGGUCACAAAGGUCAUGCUGGUCUCCAUGGACCUCCGGGACUAAAAGGUGAUAAAGGUCAUGGAGGUCUUCCAGGGGUCAUCGGCUCCACUGGUCCUAGUGGUAUACCUGGCCCACCAGGACCAAUAGGACCUCCAGGUGGCUUUGGCUUCCCUGGGCAAAAGGGAGAGGAUGGUGCUGGGGGACAAAAAGGAUAUCCUGGAAAGAAGGGGGACUUUGGUCCUCCGGGUCUUCCAGGACAACCAGGUAUGUCAGGAGAUUCCGGACAACCAGGAACAAGAGGUUUUCAAGGGCCUAUUGGCCCCAAAGGAGAAAAUGGUAUGAGAGGUUUGCCAGGUGCCCCUGGUGGUGGAGGAAUACCUGGACCAAGAGGAGAGGGGGGACAACCUGGUGAGCAAGGCCACCAAGGGCCACAGGGUAUUCCAGGGAUCACAGGACCAGGAGGACCAAUUGGACCUCCUGGUCUGCCUGGGCCUAAAGGUGAAACCGGCUUACCUGGUAAAUCUGGAUAUCCUGGGGAGGGAAAGCCAGGACAACCUGGUCAUAUUGGUCCUCAAGGUAACCCUGGUCUUAGUGGCCCUGCUGGACUUCAAGGGCAACCAGGACAACCUGGGCCACCUGGUCCUCCAGGACUUCCUGCUGCAUCUCCUGACCUCGGACAGAUCCUUCCUGUGUCCGGCCCAUACAGCGGUCAAAAACAAGGCUGGAAGAAGAAUGGAGGAGAGAUCAGUGGAAACGCUCUGGAGAUGCCUUCGUUCACAGCCAAGCUCACAAACCCGUUCCCUCCUGUCGGCUCUCCCGUCGUCUUUGACAAACUUCUACACAACGGCAACCAGGACUACAAUCCCCAGACUGGUAUUUUCACCUGCAGCGUACCAGGGGUCUACUACUUUGCUUACCAUGUCCACUGCAAAGGAGGCAACGUGUGGGUGGCACUGAUGAAGAACAAUGAGCCGGUGAUGUACACGUACGAUGAGUACAAGAAGGGCUUGCUGGAUCAGGCAUCAGGGAGUGCUGUACUCCCACUGAGACAAGGAGACACUGUGCAUAUACAGCUGCCCUCUGACCAGGCUGCAGGACUCUAUGCUGGUCAAUAUGUUCACUCCACAUUCUCCGGAUACUUACUGUACCCGAUGUAAGAGAAGUUCAAACAAAGGGCAACAGUACUGUCCAUUUGAUGGUACAUUUGAACAGUCCGGCUAAAGGUUUACAAAAAGUGAAGGCACCAUGUAGUUGCAGCAUAUUUCAUUUAUCUCUAAUACUGGCAUUACAACUCAUAUUGACAUAAAUCAAUGGAGUCCUAGAGAAUCAGUGUGAGCAGUUGAAGUACAGUGUACAAAAACUGUGAUUACAUAUCUGGUCAUUGGCGGGACAUCAGAGUUUGUUGUGCAGGUUCAACCAAAUAUCUCAGUUCUCAUAAUUUGUGUAUAUUUACAUCGGACAUUUACUCUUAUAUUCAUCCACACACAAUGUAUCAGUGUCUAUAACAUGGCUGGAAAACCCCUGGAAAGUCCUUUAUGUUGCAGAGCUGUAAUCACUUUUCAUUUUUCUUUUUUUGCUUUACAGGUCUUGACUGUUUCCCGGCAUAUGAGAACAUAUUUGUGUCAUCGUACAAGACAUUUACUCAUAGUUAAAAGUACACAAUUGGGGGUUUCUUAAAGGGGUCAACUUACAUUUAAUAAGUUAUUAUAAGUCUUUUCAUGUUUAUUUAAAAUGUUGCUUUUUUGAUCAUCAUUUCAUAUCAAUACGUUUAAACUGAACGCCAAAAACAUUCCAUUUUGUGUUUCAUGAAAUGUCUUUGAUUUACAGCAAAGUAUUUGUUUGGGUCAUGAUAUGCUGUGCAGUUGACCUUUAGGGUUCAGUGCAGAACAGAAAAAAUACUUGACGGUUUACCUUCAAUUAGGCAGUCUAACUACCUUUUGAUUCUUGUCUUUGACCAAAAUUUUUGUGAUAAAUUUGAGGAAAGUUUUUGUAAUUUUGUCAGUUUUCUCUCUAACUUAUUUUUUGACUACUGAUUGUUUCAGAUUGUCUGUAUUUCUGUGUAUUGAACUCAUUCUGACAAACAGAAUGCCACCAAACCUGUUCUGAUGCAAAAGGAAAAACUAAAAAAAAUGUCCAAGAUAUGACCACGCUCAUCCCCAAUAUGUCACUUUCCCAUUUUGUACAUUAUUUUCUCAAGAUUGGAUGUGCAAUGUUUCUUUCUUAUGUUUUCUUUACUUUGGACAAAGGUGCACAGCAUUAAAUACUAAACUGUGCCUAGUAUUGUGAGAUUGUUUGUAUGUUUAAUAAAAAAUAUUUGUCUCAA